AUGUCUUCCCACAGUGACCUCGCCAUAAAGGGCGAUGGCCACAAGCGCAUUCCAAUCUCAGACUGCAAGCUUCAGCCCCUUAAUCUUCUCAUCCCAGGCGGCGCUCCAAUCAUGGUACCCAAGGACAAGACUUGGCCGGGUACAAAGAAGAAAGAGGUGAUCAAGCUCAAGGUCCCGCUCCCCGAGAGUAGUUCACACGACACUGGAGAGGGAGAUGGAUUGGGUGAGGAGCCGAUUGCCACGAAGACAAAGUCGACGAAGGUCAGCAAGGUGAAGAGGCAUGCCACUGUGCACACCAAGGUCAAGGCAGAGAAGAAGCUGGAGGAGCCCUGUAAGAAGGCAACCAAGCUGGACAAGCUUGCGACCGAGGCCAAACAGCGCAAGAAGCUGGAACAGCAGGUCAGGGAGCAGGAGCAGUACAUCGCAAAGCUUAAGGCAAAGUAUGCACCGGAGAAAAAGAAACACGGGAGCAAGGAGAGCAAGACUUACAUCCAGGCUAGCGAGUCCGAUUCUGACGGUAGUGCCCCAUUGGCUUCCACCACCGAAGAUGGGUCCCAGGCUUCCGACGCAUCCACCAGCGGCGCUCUCACCGAUGCGAGCGAAGACGUCCGCCACCUAAUCAAGAACUUGAAGAUAAAAGCAGCAGGCAAAGAGGAUUCCGACUUCACAAAGUCAGAAGACUCUCAGCUCCUGGCCAGGAAAGAAAACGGAGAGUCUUUCAAAACGAUCGCACAGUACAUGGGUCGCUCCAAGAAGCAGAUCUCGACGCGAUAUCACGAGCUCAAGGAGCUUGGCAAGACAGCGGAGACUGCAGGUACAGAUGGCCCGGGAGAGACGACCGAGGCUGCGACUACAGACAAUGAUGCGCCAGCUGAGGCGUUUGGUGGUCUCUUCGACAUCAGCGGCCUCCAGGCCAAGCUGGAAGCCACUGCAGCAGAGCAAGCCCAGGCUGAGGACCAAACACAAGAGGCUGAGAAGAAAGAGGACGACCGCGACGACGGGGAAGCUUCCAACGCUCCCAAGAUUUCUCCCGUCGGAAUUCUCAAGACAGCCGGAGGCGGCAAGAAGAAGGACAAGAAGAAAGCCAAGCUGACUCGGCCAGCCGCCGUUGGUGGCGAGUCCGGCUACGAGUCCGGCUCCGAAGACUUCUCCACCAAGGCCUUCAUCGGCAGCUACGCCAGACGGCUUCUGACCAACAAGAGCGCCAUCCCGGAGGCGGACGACAAAUUUGACGAGGAAGACUGCAUCCUGCUGGCGCUUGCUGAUGCCCGCCGGAAGGGUGAUUACUGGCAGCAAAUGCAGGCCGACUUUGCCAACCUGACUGGCCGGAUGGUCCCUGUCGAGGUUUUGAAGUUUAAGUUUGGCGAAGGGGGAAAGCCAGAGGGAUAUUGA